AUGGGUUACAGCGCAGCCCGCCACGAUAUGUCUCUCGAUCACAUCUUUCUCUUCACCUUCCCAGCGGGUAAACGGACGAGCUUGACGGCUCUCUCCGCUGCCAAAGCAAGACGAGACGGUUCGGCACUUAUCGGCGAGACGGAAGCGAGUGCGGGAAGAUCAUACACAGGAGGUCCUUAUGGAUUGCUCUGUGCGACCAAAUGGAAGACAAAUCAGUCAUCUCUCAAGACUCAUAAAUCCUCCCGGAGCCAAUCCCGAGGUCCCCCGCCCACUCUCCGUCAUCCGUUCAUCAUGAGGGAAAGCUGGGAGCCGCUGCAGGCUAUCCGGAGGUAUGUCCGGCUCGGAGCCGGGGUGUAUCGAUGUGGACUCCAAAAAGCACGUAACAUGGCACGCGACAGGUCCAUUCUGUCCUACCAAUUACCGUGGGAUGUGAAAUGUCUCGGCACCGUGUUGGGCAGUCGGCUUUGCUUUCAUCUCGUUCUGCAUCAGGCUCUUCCCACAUUCCCCGCUGAUAGCCUUGGGUUUUCUGGAAUUGACCUGACCUUUUCGCACUGCAUAUAUGCACACUGCGCAGCGUCGAGGCCCUACAACAUUGGAUUUGCUUCUUCUACCAGGCCCCAGUCGUUUCGAAAACACACAGGGAAAGCAAUUCGCCAGUCCGGUUCGCUUCGUGUUCUUCGGGAGGAGCCCGCUCCAUUUCCCGAACCGACGGCCGGAUUCCCGAGGCGUGUGGAUCUGGGUCUCAAGCUUUCAGAGCUCAAGACCGAGAAACCCAGCGAAACACUGCACUAUGCGGAUAUCUUUUCGCAGAAAAAAGCGAACAUGCAUAGUUCAACCAACUGGCUCGUAUUGGUGGGGUCUUGGUUGAAGUUCAUUGCUUUUGGUGUAAAUGAGAUCCUAGCUCAAUGGCAUCCUCUGGUAUCGGCCAUGGCUAACCCAAGUUGUUCCCCCAAACGCCAAAUGUCCCACGCCCCUUGA